UAGAAGCUACUCUGCUCUUUGUAUAAAACAUAUUGAAGAAACUUAUACAUAUAGGAGGCAUGGCAGAUAUCACACACAGUAGCAGUAGCCAUGGAGUUGUUGCUGUUUCGAUUAGUGAUGCCGAUAUGCAUAAACUCAGUGAUGAUCACCCUGACGACGACUGCUUCGUCACACUGCCUUUUAUACAGAAGGUGAUUGCGGAGUUUGUGGGAACAUUUUUUCUUAUAUUUGUGGGGGAUUGCGCGGUGACGGUUAAUUUGGGGAAGGGGGUGGUAACACUUCCGGGAGUGGCUAUAGUAUGGGGACUGGCUGUGACGGUGAUGGUUUACUCAAUUGGACAUAUUUCUGGAGCUCAUAUUAACCCUGCUGUCACCCUUGCAUUUGCCUCGGUCAACAGAUUCCCAUGGAAAGAGGUUCCGGCAUAUAUAGCGGCACAAAUUCUGGGGGGAACGUUAGCCAGCGGCACACUUCGAUUAUUAUUCCAGGGAACGGAAGACAAAUUUCCGGGAACACUUCCAUCAGGGACGAACCUGCAAUCUCUUGUGCUGGAGUUUAUUAUCACAUUUUACCUCAUGUUUGUUAUCUCUGCUGUAGCCACUGAUAACCGAGCAGUUGGUGAACUUGCUGGGCUUGCUAUUGGAGCUACUGUGUUGUUGAAUGUGAUGAUUGCAGGGCCUGUAUCUGGAGCAUCGAUGAAUCCAGCAAGGAGUUUAGGCCCAGUAUUCGUGUCGAGCCGGUUUGAGAGUAUUUGGAUAUACAUCUUGGGCCCUAUUUUGGGGGCUAUAGCUGGGGCUUGGGUCUAUAAUAUCAUGAGAUACACUAAAAGGCCACUCAGUGAAAUAGCAAAGACGGCCUCUUUUCUCAAGAGAUCAUACAGCAAUUAAUAUUACCCUGUCACUUACAAGAUGCUAAUUUUCGGUUGAAAUAAUUGCCUAUGUUUGAAACUGUCGUAAGAUCGUAUUUCUAUUCACGAAUGCAAAAUUAAUUGCUGGUGUUUACAUUGUAUAGGAAACAAGUAGUCUAUCUUUUUAUACUAUAUUUCUGAAAUUUCAGAAUGGGACUGGUAAUUUGAUUGCAUGAACCAAUUAAGAGUCAUUCUUAUCUAUGUUAUAUUUUAGUAAAAAUAUUAAAAAUU